AUGAAUCGCCAACGGCCCUCUCUCAAGAACGGCGUCGACCUCCAGCUGCAGUCGGCCUUCGACGACGGCAACUGGGCCAUCGUCAUCCGCCUGGCCGAGAAGCGAGCCCGGACCUCCAACGACCAGUACUACCAGAUAGUCAAGGUCUGCGCGGAGAGCCAGCUGGAUGACCCGAGCGCAAAGUUCGCGGCCGUAGCCGCCAUGGCGCAGUUCGUCAAGGACGGCACCGUUGUCAAGGAUGCCGACGGCAUUGACCUGCUCGAGUGGGCCACGCAAGACCUGGCGCAUCCGGAUGAGUUCCCCGAGACUCUGGGGGCUUUGAGGGUGCGGCUCGUCAAGGCGGCGCCGAAGGACAAGAUCUCGGCGACCCGGUGCUUGGAGUCGUGCUUGCUGCACUGGGAUCUGAUCAGUGCGCAGCAGAUUGCUGCGAUUCUCGACAGAUCAUUUGCACAGGAGAGGUCCUUUAUGUUCUGGAAUAUUGUCAUUACUCAUAUGCUGGCGACAAGUCCUCAGUCACCCCCUGAGAAGAAGAAACUGUAUGGAAUGCUGGCUCUUAAGCAGAUCCAACGAGCUGCACAGCUAGCAGAGCAGGCAGAAAGCGCUGAGGGUGGCGAUGCCGCGAAGCCGCAACCACGAAGCAUCCAAUCAGAAGAGGAGAUUCUCUUACUUUACGACAUUGUCGAAAAGCACGGAACCAGCGACGAUUUCGAAAAGCUCAUUUCCAGCCCUCUCUUCUGCCCGCUUGUCCAGUUCCAAAAAGGACGGAAGGAGUUGGCUCUAAGGACCCUAGCCAAGCACCAGCGGGACAGCGACUGGGAAGCCAUCUACCGACUUUGCAAGGAUUGUUUGUCAACUACAGAUGAAAGUGGCCAACCUAACCUCCUCGCCUCUGAUUGGGCCAUCUGGCGGCAAUUCAUUGAUGCUGCCGCCCAGAUGAAGGCCGUCAAACCUGAUACCGAGAAGGCAGUCCAAGAGCUUCUUCUCAAAUUUGUCAAGGUGCCCAACUUACGGCCUAUCUACAAGCGAAUCAUCCUCUUGGCUCGCGUCUCAGCCGCUUUUAACCUGGCGUCGAAUGAUGGCGAUGAUCUCACGGACGGCCAGCCCGCUUCUUUGCGACUAAAAGAGCUCAUCCAUUAUAUUCAAGAUCAAGGCGCCAACGCUGCUUGUUUCGACGACAUCAAGGGCUUUGCCGAGAAACUUAACCCGCCCGCAAUGAAGUACCUCGCCUACGAUUAUACCCCUCAGUUGGCAAAGGACACCGAAAAUGAACUCGACUCUGCUAGGAGACGGACUCUCUCCCUGAAGCUACAGUACUUCGCGUCCACCUGUCCCUCGAUGUAUGUCACCAUCCCAGGAGAGAAGCCCCUGAGGAAGUGCAUAGUUACCGACGAGGAGAUCGAUUUGGACUCUCCUGGACCAUGCUUUACCACCGUCUCUCAAGGCGCUCUCGAGCUGCACCAGUCACUGCUGGAACUUGCGCCUACACACCCUGCGGUUGAGGCAGAGAUUAAACCGGACCUCGCCGUGCUCAUUGCGCUUUGCAAUAUCCAGUCUGCUUUCCCUCCGUCAACCGACAGCUCCAACGCCCCAGUAUCCCUUUCGCCCCUCAUCCGCGCCACUUUGUUCUUGGAGCACCAACUGACUCUCACCCCCAAACAUGGCCACAUCUCUCUCCUCCUUGUCCAGCUCCACUUCUUCCUUGGCACAGCUCCCCGAGCGCGUGAGAUCUGGGAAACCCUAGGUGUUAAACGCACCAUCAUGGAUUCUCUUGGCCCGAUCUUCUACGACCGCCUUUCCACAAUCGCCCCCUCUAUUAUUUCACCCAAUGAUACCUGGGGAUGGGAACUUAUGGAGCUACUCCAAACUCACUACAGUGUCUCGUUGAAGCUUCGCAUGCCCAGGCGCCUGAUUGAUGCGUUCGAAUCGAGCAGUUAUGGAAGUGUGAUUGACAUUCCUCGGUACAUGGAGGCACUCAGAUGGAGCUGCACCAGGGCAAUGAGUCUUGUGGAGGAAACGAGAACGGAGAGGCUUUUGGGACAGCCUUUUGGGGAGGUGCUUCAGGAUGAGCGAUUUGCUGAGGUGACUGACGAUAACGAACUAAGUGAGGUUAUCGAUUAUGGCUCGUUUCCGUCAUGGGAUUGCAGCUCUCGCCCGAUUGUCUACUCUCGCCUCCGGAUUGGCCCACCGCCUACAAACCGACGAGCACACCUCUCUCUUCUUUCCGAAGCAUUCCAUGAGGUCCUGACAUACAAACCUCCAUCAGUAUACAAGGCUUCAGCGGCUGCAGCCAUCCCCGAACAGACCUUUGUCCUCGAGAUGUUGAGUCAAUUGAGCAACUCGUUUACUAAAUUCCUCAAUGGGCCAAAGUCAGAUCUCACGCAGCCAGAGGCAAUCUACUUUGAAGCUAUCAGCUUGCUAACCACGCUGAUUCCUUUCACCACCGGUAUGGGCCGACCAUCCCCUGUUCCCGAGAUUUUCGGCCACAUCGUGGAUGGUGUAAAGGCUGCUAUUGAGACCCUCGCCUCUGAGGUUGCGCCAGAGGAAAAGUCUGGGGCUGCGGGCCAGAUUGCCAUGCUCAGCUCUAUGCACGCGGUAGCCAUACUCCGGGACACAGCCGACGCGACGAAGCAGGCAGUGCAGUGGAUUCUCGCCACCAAUGAACGCCAGAAGGAGCGGGAUCGCUCUGGAAACAGCAACCUAUUGAAGGACGUCGUGGCACAGCUUAAGGCGCUUCUCGCAGUUGCCGAGACAGCGCUCAAGGACGGCAAGGGCUGGACGGCAAAGUUGAAGGAGCAGGUGUCGGGUAGGGAUUUCGAGCCUGCAGCCCGGCGGUGGAUUUUCGAAAAUGGAACAGACAUUCAAGCUGUGGUUGGGGAUGAUGCGCUGACUAGGCUCGUGGGUAGUUGGGAGGCUAACAUUAAGGGAUGGACGGAGGUGAAGUGGAUUUAG